UUUUCCUCCUCCAAACAGGCGAAUCUCGCGGCCACCCAUAACGCCGGUGCCGUAAAGCGCGGCGCGGGCUGCGCGACAGCCGCGAGGUCCCCGUGCGGAAGAUGGCGGCGGGCGAGGCGAAGUCGGUGCUGUUCGUGUGUCUGGGAAACAUCUGUCGCUCUCCAAUAGCUGAAGCAGUUUUUAGAAAACUUGUAACUGAUGAAAAAGUUGAACAUAAGUGGAGGAUAGACAGUGCAGCGACAUCUACCUAUGAAAUAGGAAGCCCUCCUGACUAUCGAGGACAGAAUUGCAUGAAGAAGCAUGGCAUUCCCAUGAAUCAUAUUGCCAGGCAGGUUACUAAAGAGGAUUUCCAGACAUUUGAUUACAUACUUUGUAUGGAUGAGAGCAAUCUAAGAGAUCUGAACAGGAAAAGCAACCAAAUUAAAGACUGCAAGGCCAAAAUUGAGCUACUUGGAAGUUAUGAUCCACAGAAACAGCUUAUUAUUGAAGAUCCAUACUACGGGAAUGAAAAGGACUUUGAAACUGUUUACGAGCAAUGUCUUAGAUGUUGUAAAGCAUUUUUGGAGAAACCUCAUUAAUACUUCAUCAUUUAAUUUCUAAAAGAAAAUAAUUAGCUUUUCCUGAAAUACGUGAAGUUUACUUGAUUGAUGUAUUUAAAUUGUAAAAUUAUGCCUUGUGUUCAGUACUUAUUCAGUUUAAUUUUGUAUUUUAGCUUUUCUAUCAUCUAAUGAAAAGAUAUAGGAAUGUUUUAAUUGGAUUACAUGAUCAACGAUUUUGUCACUCAUCAGUGUAGUAAUAAAGUAUAUAAUUCAGAAUUAAUUUAUCUGUAAACUCUUCCAGUGCUUUUUCACAAGCACUGAAACAGUAACAUCUUGCUUCUUUAUGUGCUGUAUUAACUAAACUGAGGUCUUGUCAUCGUGUCCUCAGCGAGUUAAUUUCAGUCAACUUUCAGUGGGAGUCUGUGAGAUAAUAGUUGAUGUGUAACUUAGAUGAGGCAGCCUUUGGAUGGAAGCUGUUUCACAGGAAGCCUUCUAGACUCAAAGAACUGCUGCCUGACAGGCAUUGCUCUCAGCACUAUUUGAAAGCUUAAGCAAGCAAAGCGUCCUUGUGUGUCAUCAGAGUCCAGUGAAAAUAGCUUUUUCUGUCAGUUUAAAUGCUUAGUUAUUCAAAGAAGAAAUAAUUUUUGUGCCAGAACACUUUUAUACUAGUUAAGAUGAACACAGUUCAGAAAUUGGUUAGGACUUGUAGUCUUCCUUUGGUCUUCUGGUCGAUUCGUAGCACACUGGCACAAGUACGUGAAGCGUAGCAUUUAGUUUGACGACAAAAUGUAUCAGCUUAAAAGCUGGAAUGUGAAAUCACAUAUAGUAGUAAAAUACUCAAAUCCACGCAAUAUAAUAGAUGAGAAAUUUGCUAUAAUCCCAGUUCCUACAUGAGCAUCAGACAGUAUUUACAGAUUUACUCAGGAGAAUGGACAGCCUGUCAGAAGUGUUCUCUGAAAGCAUAGUUCAACCCAAAUAGAGUCCAUCUGUAAUAUAGUACAAAGUUAACCAAAGGCCAGUAAGUAGAUAGUUCUGCUCUUGGACAAAAUGCUUUGUAAAAAUCUGUACCUGCUUGUCUGAACAUCACCUUUCUUGUCUGCCUUAGAAAUGUAAAUGCACUGAGAUCAGUAAUGUAACUGGUACCAUGAUGAUUUUCCUAUUUUAACUGGUAUCUGCAUUGGUAUGAACAAGCAUUACCACAUCUGUAAAACUGGAUCUAUAAAAUUUGCUUUCAGAUUUAUUUAA